AUGAGUGCUGGAAAAGUAAGUAAAUUGGUGGCUCUGAAAUGACUAAAAAUCUUUGUACUGACCAACCCGUGUAUACAGUGGACCUGAUGCAAUGACAAAAACCGUACCAUUUUCCAUCCGGGAAGUAUCAAAAAUGUGGCAAAAUGCUUCAUUCUCCAAGUGAAAAAAACCCGAUUUCAAAAACUCUUUUUGUGAUGGAAAAGGCGCGCCCUUCAAAACGAAGUUUUUUCACUUGGAUAGGGAAGCAUUUUCCCACAUUUUUGAUACUUCCUGGAUCCAAAAUGGUUCGUUUUUUGCCACUGGAUCAGGUCCCUGACUGUAUGUGCGUUGACGCUGUCGUUUUCUGUCGAUUUAUUGCGGUGUUUCUGCUUAGAAGAACAGUUGACUCGAACGGCCGGAGAAAGACUUGACUCAAUCAAUUCUUUUUCCAUUUUUUUGUGUUUCCAGGCUGUCCUUGAAAGAGGUGGGCUGAAAUCAUGUGUUGGCUAGACAGAUAAUAUGAAAGAAAUCUAAAGUAGAUCUGCCCAUCGCACAUUGAGAACCGAAGGCUUCAAUAAAAAGUCAUCAUUUUGAGCCUACCAAAAAAAUAAGAAGCUUUCUCCAUUUCCAGAUAAUAGCGUCCGCUGCAACCACCCUUCUCAUCGCAACAGUCGCCAGUAUCACCGGACAGUUCCAUAAAACCGCCUUGGCCAUCGAUGUCGCUCAUUUUUAUGCGCCGUUUGCCUUGGCCUACUUUUCAGUCCUCUUCAUGAUCCCACUUUAUCCCCUUUAUCUACUCGCCUCCGCCCUUUUCUCCUCAUCAGCCUUGUCGCAACUCCAUUCCGAAGCAUUGCAGAUUCUAAAAACCAAAAAAGGAAAGCUUUAUCCCACGUGGAAGUUGGCUGCUGCCUCAAUAAUUGCGCUUUCCCUAUGGAUUUGCCCGCCGUAUCUGUUCGGCGUCGGCGUAAAGUACGUCUCAGUGUCGGUGGGGCUCUCAAUUUUGAGUCUGAACUCGGCAAUGGUGUUUAUAAUCAGCAUUUUCUGCCUGGGAACCAAGUUUUCAUGGCUUACGGUAGGUUGAAUUGCAAGUGGUACAGCUACAAGGAGGACGCUUUGAUUUGGAUGAGAAUUGACACAAACUUAGAAUAGUAGUCUUUACGGCAUAUACGGGAUUUUUACGUCGUUCUAGGCAAAUUCAAUGGAGAUUUUUCGGUGGAAAGUUGGCUAGAGAUCAACAUUUUUUUAGCAAAUAUAGGCCGAAAGAAGUGAAAUUUUCUCAAAGACCAGAACUCAGAUUUUCAUGACAUUUUGCGCAGAUGUUGCAGAUCAAUUACAUAUCCAUUCCUGAAAAUUGCAGCUUCAGUUUUGCAAGGGCAGCAGAGAUAUUCAGCAAUCUUUGCAGACCAAAAACGACGAAAAUGAGGAGUCGGGAUAAAAGUAAAUAUAUCUUAAGUUGGCUUUUUCAGGCCGUAGGCAUCAUCUUCAGCGUAUCUGGGGUGUUUUUUCUGUCAAUGGACUCCGAAUUCACCGGUGAUAUACUUGGAGUUUUCAUUAUUUUCUUGGCCGCUACGGGAAUGGCUUUUUACACGGUAAGCUUUCGCAUGAAUAACGGAGGUCUUCGCAAUUUGAAUACUAGGCUGUAUGCUGUAUUUUACAAAUGGACGGUGAAUUCUGACUAGCCAAACAAGCACUAUUUCACCAUUAACUUAAAAAUUUUUACAUUUAUUUCAGACCAGCUUCAAGAAGGUCUUCGGCGAGCCAUCUUUGGGCCAAAUCAUGCUCUUCCAAAGCCUCCUGGGCCUGGCGAAUUUGCUCUGGAACACGGCGGUGGUCGCGGCGAUAAUUUUUUUCGAUUUGGAGCACGUGGACUUCAAACAAAUCCCUUGGCCGCCAGUUCUUGGGCUGUCGUUCGGAAUGUUGAGUAAGGUUUUUAUAAAUCAAAUUUUUCGAAGAUAUGUGGUCGGCUUUUGAUGAAAUUUGGCAACAAUAAUCUGUCUAGGUUCUGUUUCAAUCGCUGAAAAUUUUAGUUUCCUCUUUGCAAUGCGAGCCGAGAUAUGAGACUUUUCCGAGAGAGCACAAAAAAUGAGGAGAGGGUCAGAGAAAAAUCUCUUUUCAGCCGUUUCUUGGCGAAUUUCGCUCGGAAAAAAUUGUUUUUCUGGCAAAAUGUUGUUCAUGACAUUCAAAAAUAAAAAUUUUAUUGAAUUUUACUUACUCUGUAUUUUGCAGCCUACAGUAUCGUGAUGAACGUUGGAGUCGCGUUUGUGAGCCCGUUGGCGGUCGCGAUCGGGGUUUUGGUUGGGAUUCCGAUGACAGCAGCAAUUGAUAUCAUCUUCCGCGGUCUUCAAGCCAGCGCCUACUUUUAUUUUGGAGGACUUCUAAUUUCAAUCGGAUUCUGCUUGACCACCUUUCCAUUCGACCGGUGGAUGACGAGGAAAUAA